AGAUCAUCUUGCACGUCUCCAUCGCUCCAUCGAUUUAACAGUCCCUUGCAGGGAUAGAAUUGGACGGAGGACCUUGGCGAUGAAGAGACCUCAUGAUUACAGUUCCCCAGACUCGGACACAGACGAACUGAUCGAUGUUGGACAGGAAGACAGCUACUGCCCUGUCACUGGGUCCAUGUCUCCAGGCAGUACCUCACAGAUCCUGGCGCGCAAGAAGAGAAGAGGGAUAAUUGAGAAGAGACGCAGGGACAGGAUCAACCACAGUCUGUCAGAGCUCAGGAGACUCGUACCCAGUGCCUUCGAAAAACAGGGCUCCUCUAAACUGGAGAAGGCUGAGAUUCUUCAGAUGACAGUAGAUCAUCUGAAGCUGCUGCAUGCCAUGGGCGGCAAAGGCUACUUUGAUGCUCGUGCUCUGGCAGUGGACUACAGGACUCUGGGCUUUCGGGAGUGUGUUGGAGAGGUGGUAAGAUACCUCAGGUCUCUGGAGGGGGUCGAAUCCUCAGAUCCCAUUGGUGCACGCCUCGUGUCCCAUCUCAGCCACUGCGCCAGUGAGCUGGACCCUCUCCUCCAGAGCCCCGCUGCUCUGCCUUUUCCUCCUUGGCCCUGGCCCUCCUUUCCUCAGCUGGCAUCCACUUCGUCUCCAACGUCAUCUAGCCCGUUUCCCCCAACCACCUGCCGAAAUCUGACCCCCCAUGCCACCGCCGCCUUGCUGGGUUACCCUUCACCGGCCCUGCGAGUGGGAUCUUUGAGCAACCAGGGGGCAUUACUGAGUCCAGCGCUGACCCCGGUGCGUCGAAUGCCCUCUAUCCCCGGACAUCCACACAGACUUCAACAGCACUCACCUGAUGGACCCACAAUCCCGUCAUCCUCCUCAUCCUCCUCCAACUCCUCCCCUCCCCAGAUUUCCUUCAGACCCUUUGCCCCUCUGGGGUCUCCAGCCCCAGGUCGCAGGGGUUUGGGCAUCUCCAGUAAGUCCGGACAGGCCUGGGGCACAGAGAUUGGGGCAUUCUAAAUCAGAAGUUUGGAGUUUAUGACAGUCUGAAAGGAAAAAUACAUUUCUUGGUCAUUCAGACUUAUUUAUGACCAUUACCGCCUUUAAAAGGAACCACAAAGCAUUGAACAAUUCAAAUAAAAUGUGUAUUCAGUUGAAUCUACUAUUCCAACAUUUAAACUCUCAGAUAAAACAGGUACAAAAGCUGUCACUGGGGCGAUGCCCUUUCGAAAGAUACACCUUGGUACUCCUAAAGGGUGCAUAUUAGUACAUAAAUACAUAUUAGUAUAAACC